GAAUUGGCAAAGCUUAAUCCGUGGAUGGUGAGCCAAAUCUAGGUCCAGUGCAAAUGGAUGCAGGCUCUUCUAAAAUCACAGCUGUUUCCUCUCUGCCUCUUCCCGUGAACGCCGAUGCUCAGGCAGAAGCCUUCUCCGUAGUUCUUGCUGUCUGCAGCACUCUUCCUAUUUUGCAGCAGUAGCACGCCGAGUCUUCCGCGUCCACUUGUCGUGUUUGCUUGCCUGUUUUUCUGAAUUGCAGCCACUGUGUGUGCGAAGCCCCUCAGCUCUAGGAUCACGGUUAUCUGCGUGUCAGUUUACCCUUAUCUUGUUUGUUCUGAAAUUUUGUAAAUCUUAGAUUAACUUAAUGUCAUGAAAUUAAAAAUUAGGCGAUUUAGUAUUGUUGGUAGACUCCCAAAUUUCAGCCGUAAUGAUGAGAGAUAAAAGAUGGUACUUCUCUGUCCGCAACUGAGGCCUGAGACACUGUUCUCAGUAGAGAAUAUUCAAAACAUGCUUUUGUGGGUUGUUUUCUUGGUUUGUUGUUUGGCGGUGGUUUUUUUUAAGGUUGCUUGUCCUCAGUUCUUCUCUAACAUUCACAGGGCUUUCCUUGGUCUAUUGGAAGAAAGAGACUGCUGUCCCAGCAUCAGGACAGGAACACAGUCUUUAAAAGUGGCAUUUCCAACACAAGUUUUAAAAGUCUUUUUCGUAUAUCUGUACUGGUAAUAUUUCACGGCUGCGGUAUCUGCCUAAACCUGUACCUGAGAUGUAGCUUAGGCAGGAAAUGAAUUUCCUUGGCCCAAUGCUUAGUACACAGCUAAUUUCCAGCUUUUCUGGGAAAGAGGAACUAGUGAUGUGUUUUGUGUGAUCGGCCUCUCCUCUGGGUUUCUUAAGUGGUUUUGGUUCCUCAAAAAAAAUUACCCUAAUAUCCCUUUUUUUCUACUCCAAUUUGUGACACUGCAGAAGAUGCUGCAUUGUAUCUGUGCAGGCUCCCGAUGUGGUCUGUCUUCUCUCUUUCCUUAUGUAUUUUGCUUAUCAGUAAAACUAGUUAAUGGCGUUAGUAUUUAUUGUUCUCUCUGGCUAUUUGAGAAGAACGAGGCAGCUGGGACUUCUGAACAAUUGUUUCGAGCUUUCUGCAGCAGGGAAUGCUAUAUGUGUUCAGUUUGUUUCAUAUGUUGGAGAUUACUGAUGAGAGCUAGAGCCUUAAAACUGAUGGGAGGUUAAAGUGGCAGGCUUGUCCUUUUUUUGCCUUCACAUUCUGCGUAAUUGACCUGUUGUGAACUGGCUCAGCUUGAACUCGGUUAAAGGCAUUUUGGCAGGCCGUUCUUAUGUUUGUUUUAUGAUAUACUCUAAUUUUCAGGGCUUGAUAAUGAAUAUUUGUAGGAAUGUUGGUUUUGCUGCUCUUGCACUUUUCAUGAAUGCUUUUGUGCACUUUCACUACGAACGCUUUCCCUGCUCCUGUGACAUUGAUCUUUGUAAUGCUGAGGGUGAAGUAUAAAGGCAAUGUCAACCAAGACACGAAGACCUGAAACGAAAGUAGGGGUGAUAGUGUGUCUGGUGCCCAUGGGUGUUUCUUGGUGAAGAUGCAUUUCCUGUAAGGUAGUUCCUGUUCUGUCACCUGGGAAUAGGGAAAGAGGUCUCCUUGGGAUACUGCUUGGUCAUGAAACGCGUACGCACAGAACAGAUUCAGAUGGCAGUGUCCUGCUACCUCAAGCGCCGUCAGUAUGUGGACUCAGAAGGUCCCCUAAAACAAGGGCUGAGGCUGUGUCAGACUGCUGAAGAGAUGGCAGCUAAUCUCACAGUUCAAUCUGAAUCUGGUUGUGCCAACGUUGUGUCUGCAGCUCCCUGCCUGGCGGAGCCACAGCAAUAUGAAGUACAAUUUGGACGAUUACGCAAUUUUCUCACAGAUUCAGAUUCUCAGCACAGCCAUGAAGUGAUGCCUCUUCUGUAUCCCCUCUUUGUCUACCUCCAUCUGAACAUGGUCCAGAAUGGCCUAAAAAGCACAGUGGACAGUUUUUACAGCCGCUUCCAUGGCAUGUUCUUGCAGAAUGCCAGCCAGAAGGAUAUCAUUGAGCAGUUGCAAACUACCAUGACUAUUCAAGAUAUCCUGUCCAACUUGAAGCUCCGGGCUUUUCUGGACAACAAGUAUGUCAUCCGCCUUCAAGAGGACAGCUACAACUACCUUCUUCGCUACCUCCAAAGUGACAACAACAACGCCCUGUGCAAAGUCCUGACCUUGCACAUUCACCUGGAUGUGCAGCCCGCCAAGAGGACUGACUACCAGCUCUACGCUGGUGGGAGUUCCUCACGCAACGAGAGCAACGGCCUGGAACCCAGCGACGUGCCAGCUUCCAUUCUGCAAAACGAGGCAGCACUGGAUUUACUGCAGGACAGCAUUAAACGUGUCAAGGACGGGCCCCCUUCCUUAACGACCAUCUGUUUCUAUGCCUUCUAUAACACGGAGCAGUUGCUGAACACUGCAGAGAUUUCACCAAAUAGCAAGCUGCUCGCUGCUGGGUUUGAUAAUUCAUGUGUGAAGCUGUGGAGCCUGCGUUCCAGGAAGUUAAAAUCUGAGCCCCACCUCGUUGAUGUGUCCCGCAUCCGCCUGGCUUGUGACAUCCUGGAUGAGGAGGAGGAAGAGGACGACAGCGCAGGCACAGAAAUGAAGAUCCUGAGAGGACACUGUGGACCUGUGUAUAGCACGAGGUUCCUUUCAGACAGUUCAGGACUCUUAUCUUGUUCUGAGGACAUGUCCAUCAGAUAUUGGGACCUCGGAAGUUUUACAAACACUGUGUUGUACCAAGGACAUGCCUAUCCUGUCUGGGAUUUGGAUAUUAGUCCCUGCAGCCUGUACUUUGCCAGUGGUUCCCACGAUCGCACUGCAAGGCUCUGGUCAUUUGAUCGGACGUAUCCGCUGCGAAUAUAUGCGGGCCAUUUGGCGGAUGUAGACUGCGUCAAGUUCCACCCCAAUUCCAACUACUUAGCGACGGGCUCCACGGACAAAACUGUGCGCUUGUGGAGCACUCAGCAAGGCAACUCGGUGCGUCUUUUCACCGGGCAUCGCGGUCCCGUGCUAGCGCUUGCGUUUUCUCCCAACGGUAAGUACCUGGCAUCAGCAGGUGAAGACCAGCGGCUAAAGCUGUGGGACUUGGCAUCAGGAACUCUUUACAAAGAACUGAGGGGGCACACGGACAACAUAACCAGCCUUACUUUUAGCCCCGACAGUAGUUUAAUUGCUUCGGCGUCGAUGGACAAUUCAGUCCGGGUCUGGGACAUUCGGAACACUUACUGCAAUGCCCCUGCAGAUGGGUCUUCCAGUGAACUGGUUGGUGUAUAUACCGGACAAAUGAAUAACGUACUGAGCGUACAGUUUAUGGCCUGUAAUCUUCUUCUAGUGACUGGAAUUGCACAAGAAAAUCAGGAACAUUAAUUUUUUUUUUCUUAGGGAAGUGGGUGGGUGUAUUGAAUGCCAGAGUCCGUUGCAAGCUGAGAUUACUGACUGUGAAACACUUUUCUUCCUCUGCCCCCUUGAAAAGCAUGUUCAAAGUGAUGCAAAUGCUUUAAAAUGUCUUGCCUACAAAAAGGCCUGUGCAGUUAAACAGAAUAAGGAAAAAAGGAGGAGUGAUGAAAAUACAUAUACAUUCUAAUCUUGUAGGGAUGGGGAAAAGGGGAGGAAAUCCAGUAGCUUGGGGAAACUGAAAGCCUGGUCCAGACAAGUGAAACCACCAACCAGAUAAGCUGCUGAUCUGCACUUAAAUAUCCUGCAUUGAUUGAUGGGCACAUCUUACCUACUGUUAAUUGAGGCUUGAGAGUGUGGAGAACUACUGGCCCAGUGUUUUUUGUUUUGUUUUGUUUUCCUUUUGUUUUCCUGGUAUUGCAGAGGACCAGCAUUUUAAGACCCUUAUAUUAAAAGAACAUUAUGUAUUUUCUACAGUGAUAGUGGUCCUAAAUAUUACAGCUCCCUAUAGCACUUCUGGAAUAUUUUGGACUAGCUAAGUAGAAAAUACCGUCUUUCUUUUUAGUAAGGGGAUGGAAAUCUGACCUCAGUUGGGGCCCAUCUCUGCAUUGUCAUUUGGGUUUGGUUCCUGGUACUAGCUGUGAUAUUUGUAUUUAUGUUCCAUUAAUUAGGAAUCUUUCUGAAUCAGGUUGCACUGUGUUUUGAGGAUGGGAGGACAGUGGGGUAGAGCGGUGGCUUUAGUGGUAAUAAAUGACUUGCCUUGUCUGGAGGGAGGGCACUAUAGAACUGAAGCGGCUAAGUUUGGACUUCUAAUGGAAAUGGGGCAUGUCAGUCCACCACUGCACCUCACAGAAAUAUUUCCGUAAAUGGAAGUUGGCAGUCUAAGGAGAGGGGGACGGGGAGAGAGAGACACACAAAGUGACAUGGGAAAAAAUAGUAUUACUAAAUUAUUGUGUGUACACAGAGGCAGCUCUGCCAGUGUUGGAUUUUUUUCAAAAUGUUGCAAUAUCAGUUUCAUGAACACUUUGUGAGAUAAAUCAUCAGCAUUUACAACAAAGAUCUGCGGAAAAAGCACGUUCUAGUUUGUCAUUUGGAGAGAUUAAAUAUUUCUGCUUUCUGGAAAGAGUUAUUUUGUAUUUUGUUUUCUAUUAAAAGCAUUUAGUUUAAAAAAAAAUAAAAA